UGUGUGUGUGUGUGUGUCUCCCUGUCGAGGCGGAUUUCCAUCCCUCUCCUCUCCGCUCCGGUCACACACACCGACCCCGUCUCCUCCUCCGAGCCUCGCGCCGCCGCUCUGCAUGCGCGUGUGUUUGUGUUUGUGUGUGUGUGUGUGUGUGUGAUUGGUUGGUGCUUUUUUUGGGUCUCAGACCGUCUUGCGAUGCCAUUACUCCCCCAGGACGCGGAGCGAUUCGAUGGGCUGUCUCUACUCUACUGGACGAUCAUGGGCCCACACGGCAUCAACCGAGCUGUACAGAGGCUGGAGUUCUGCGACUGCAGGAAGGGACUCGGUGUGAAGAUAAUCGGGGGUUACCGAGAGCACACGGGAGAAGAGUUUGGCAUCUACAUCAAGCGGGUGAUAGGCGGUGGGCUGGCAGCUCUGGACGGUCGGCUUAAGUCAGGUGACCUGAUUUUGGAUGUCAAUAACAUCAGUCUGAUAGGGGUGACCAAUGAGAGGGCGGUGGAGAUCUUGAGGACGGCCUCACUCUCUAAUCACAUGUCCCUGCUGAUCGCCAGAGACGAUGAAUCCCGGAGGGAGUUUGCUGAGCUGAUGGAGAAGUACGGCUCCAAUAAUAUCACGGCUUCGGGACGAAUCUCUCCCACUCAGCUCUCCACAGGGAAGCUGACAGACACCGCCUCCUCCUCCUCCUCUUCCAGAUCGGAGAGCCCCCAGCUCCUCAGUCCUAAAGAGGGGCUCACCGCCUACACCCACGCCCCCCCUUAUACCGCCAACACCGUGCACACGCCCACGCACGCCUUCAGUGACAGUGUCAUUCAGUUGAUAUGCGUUGCCAAGGGAACAGGCCUGGGGCUCGUCAUCAAGGGCGGAGCUAACCGUGCAGAAGGGCCAAUGGUGGUCAUUCAGGAAAUAGUGCCUGGAGGAGACUGCCAGAAGGACGGCAGGCUGCAGGUCGGGGACCAGUUGGUGUCCAUCAACAAAGAGUCCCUGAUCGGAGUGACGUAUGAGGAGGCCAGGAGCAUCCUGACACGCACCAAACUCAGACCGGACCCCACAGUGGAAAUUGCCUUCAUCAGGUGGAGAUCGUCCUCCAGCUCCAGCAGCGGGCCUCACAGCCCCAUAUCCCUCCAGGGCUCCGGUGGUGGAGGUGGACCCCAGACGAGGCCCCCGGGGCUGGGCGCCAUGCCUCUACAGCCUACCGUGAUCACCAAGAUCACCUCCAGCCGAAACCCUGCCAGUGAGACUCUGCCAGCAGUCAACGUCAGUCAGGUGCGAGUGUCUCCAAACAGAACAGAGCCGACACAGGUCUCCUCCCCACCAGACAGCGACAGCAUCACUGAAACAAACCCGGAGCCUGUCAGCAGUCAGCCUCCUCAGAGGAGGUGCUCCCUCAGCACCAGCUGUCGCCUCAAACUGGAGAGGUUGGAGCAGGCUCUGGAUCUGCUCGGCCUGAAGCCCACAGAGGCUCAGCGGCAGGCGCUCCGGUCCAGACUACGAGCCGAUCCAGCUGGGACGGUGGCCUUCACAGAUGUCGAGAGCCUGAUCAGGGAGCUGUUCAAGCCUCAGCUGGAGGAGUUGACCGUCACCCAGCCGGGGUCAAGGUUCACAUCUGAUGACCUGUCCAGUUUGUUGGAGUCACCCACAAACCCACUGCCGUCACUGUCAGACUCGGAGGACCUGGAGGAGAUGGAGAGGCUGAGGAAGGAGCACAUCGAGGCUCUGAGGGAGAUCAAGAGGCUGCAGGAGCAGCUGGUCGAGUCUCAGCGAGUUCACCAUCAGAUGGAGGAGGAGCUCAGCAAGGUCAAACAGGAAGUGAAAGCCGGAGCGGAGGAGAGCCGGGCUUUAAGGGCUCGGAUCCAGCUGGCCGAGGCGGCUCAGAAGCAGACCAGGGGGAUGGAGAUGGACUACGAGGAGGUGAUCCACCUGCUGGAGGCCGAGAUCGCGGAGCUGAAGACUCAGAGAGCGGAGCAACCGGCGCUAACCAAUAAGGAGGAGACGGAGGAGCUGAAGAAGAGAGUGGCCGUCCUGGAGUGUCAGCUACGGAAGAGCGAAGUGGCCAAAAAGGGCUUUGAGAUGUCAACGGGAAAACUGCUGAGUUUUGUGGAGAACGUUCAAGAGUUCCUGCUUGAAAGCCACGGACCUACGAAGAGCUACAGCUCCGGAGACGUUAAAGUCGGAACAUCGUCUCAAGGCGUCCCUCCUCGCUACAAGAAGAGCCCCUGGACUUCGGCCACGCUCGCCCAGGAGGCGAAGGAGCUCACAAGGACUGUCAGAGCCAUCCUGGAGGUCGACUUGCUGACCUUCUAGAGGACCCGACUGUAGGAGAACAAAGUCAGCAAAGCUCUGAGACGUCGGCAGGAAAUCAACAGCAAACCGUGAACCCGAACACUCUCUUCCCUGACAACUCCUCAUCUCCUCAGUACCUCCUAGCAAUGGACUCAUGUCUUAACUCUGCAUGAAACACUGUUUUGUUUCUGUCAAAAACCACAUUUAUCUCUGCACAUUCUCUGAAUCGUCAAUACACACUAAACAGCGGCUUAAUUAGCGUUUGAACCCGAAUAAUAUGGGAAAGAAAUGCAUAGCUGAAGUCUUUGUUCAAGUUCAGAUUUAUAAUUUGCUGAAAACUUAAUGGACGCUCAUCACUCAAACUGCAGUUUUGUCUUGAAACGAUCAGUUCAUCUUUUAAGAGAGUUACGUUUCUAUAGGUUAACGUACUGGAAGGAGACCAUUUUAAAGUUGAUGGACCACAUGAACAUUUAGAAAUUUUGCCCAUAGGUCACCUUAUUAACUAUGUGAUGAGAGUAAUGGCACCAAAUCUACAAGUUACAGGAUGUUAAGAAAUGCACUGUUGACCAAUAGCAAACAGUCUUGACAAUUCUGACCUUUGAGAAAACCGAGAGAGCCGGAGAGUCCAAAUGGGGGGAAGCUAUCAUGGGUGUGGUUUGUAGACAGUUUUGGAACUGGAGUCGAUGGUAUGAAUCCGUCUUUUGAAUAAACUUCGUGAACCUAUUGUCCCAUAUGCGACCGAGCCAAUAUGCUAACUAGCUAGCUAUUGUGACUGACAGCGCCAGCAUGUUCCCGGCUGGCUUGUUAGCACUUCGCUUGCCACCUGCAGUAGUUCCCCAACUAGCCCUGCAAGUAGUCACUACAUCACCAAGCCAAAGCCAAAACACUCGUGGGUAAAGUGAGCUAUGGACAAAACUCCCAAAACGUUGGUGUAUUCCUUUACAUUUCACCCAACCUCUGUCUCUAUAACAAUAAAUACCUUUAUUUAACAAGUAAUAUAAAACAAUAUAAGGUCACAAUACCAUAUGGUUGCCAUUUACUGUAGCUAACGUACCGUUCCAGAGCGAGUUAAUACACUUAUAACUCACUGUAGCUUCCUGUCUGUCUCACUGUUAUUUAAUCAAUGUUUAGCUUAGCUUUGUGUUUGAGUGGCUGAAUGCUCGUGUUUGUGCAGUAGAUUAGCCAGCAAAACAAAGCCUAGACGCAUCAUCGAACAAUACGGGAGGAGAAACCCUGAAAACCUCACUCGCCCGCAAACACGAGGUCAGGAAGGAUGAAGGCACGCGGUAAAGGGGCCAGGACAUUCAUAUUGGAACACAGCCAUCGUGGUCUGAUACCAGCAAUGAUUAAAGGACAGUUCCAGCCUGACUGGACGCUUUUAUCAUGUUUGGAGUUAUUUGCUGUUUGUCCUUUAUCUUUUUCUGAGUAAAUAUUCUGAAACAAA